UAAGACACGGGAUGUCUGUCCAUAUGGAUCGAUGAUCCUGUGGAAAUCAAUCGCAGGUAAAGGAGAUGAUCCUCCAUGCAGCUCAGAACGUUUCCCUGAGGUCUUCCUUCUUUUCUUUCCUUAUUAUGACUAGAAAUUUUGAAAAGGACUGUUUGUUCAGGAGCUGAAAGAAAUGGAGAAGCUGACGAGAGCGAAGAAAAAUGAUGGAAGAAGCUUCCCGACCUUUACUCUCUCACUCAUGCAAUCGUCUAGUUUAGGUAUUCGUAAAAGGUCAGAGGAUAUGAUUAUCGUCGACAUUAAUUACGCAUUUUGCAUAAAUAUUGGUGUUGGUAUUAUGCUAAUUUUAAAAGAAAAAGUACAUCUGUAUUGGAUGGAAUGGAAGGGAAUCAUUAUCAUCAUCUCUCACGUGAUGGGCUUAUUCUGUUGAUCCACUAGUAUGUGGGCCCAUUACAAAUGGCCCACGAAGAGAUCAAGAAUGGGAAACAGAGAAAUGGUAGGAAAAAAGCUCAUCCCAAUUCCCAACAGCUUUCUUUGUCUCUCUCUCGUCCUUUCUUGUCAUUUUUUUUAAUUCUAAAAAGAAAUUAAUUCUCUCACAUUUUCAUGUUCGGUGGAGUCGCAUUGUGUCAAUAGAAAAAAAUAAUUUAAAACGGUAAGGUAAAGUACAAAAAGAAAGUAAGAAGAAAUGCCUGCUAAAUUUUGAGUUUGUAAUCAAAAGGAACGAAAUGGAUAUUAUUAAGGAGAAAAGAAAUAAUUAAAAUCGCAUCUCGAGAAAAUGUUAAUUAGAAGCGAUGAUAGUAGUAAUGGCGAUGAGAUAUUGGGAUUUGUUUAUAGACAGAGACGAAAGAUAAAGGGUGGGAACAAAAGAGCUACACCUCCAUCUCAGCUUCUCUCUCUCUCUUACCCCACAGCGCAGAAUCUUAAUUAAGCCUUUUGGACUCUUCUUCUUCGUUUCGAUUUCUGUUUGAUUCCUCUGAUGAAUCCGUCUGAUCCAUUGCUUCAUCGGAAGCAUUGAACACUGUAUCCCUGACAGCUUCCGACAUAAACCACUGUCAGAAUAAAAAUGUUGAGUGUUUGGUUUCUUUCUUGUAUGCAAGCAAAUAUGCCUGUGACUGAUUCGUAGUUCUAUAAUUUAAAUUUGUUCUGCGCUAGAGAUAAGUGGUCGUCAGUAGUAUUGUUACCGUAAAUAUUUGGUAGUUCGUUAGGAGCUUUCAGAUAAAAUAGGGAUUUUGGAAACUGACAUCUCCCAAGUUCCAAUAAGGCACCCUCAGGUGACUAUCUGAUAAAGUAGUACGAGCAUUGCUGAUGGGUCUGCCACAGACUGCUUCAAGUGAACAAUCCAGUGAAGCUUCUUCUUCUGCGCCAAGUUGCAGCCUUUCUCAGAGUCUGCCUGUCUAUGCCACUUCUCAUGAUUCAGAAAGUGAUGGAGGCAUCUCCUCUUCCAUUGCAGAGUUUGAUAGGAAAACAUCAUUGGAGCCUCUGGAGUUCACUGAUGAUCCGUGUACAUUGCACGGAUCGACUAUCUAUGCUGCUGAUAAGGUUAGCUCGAGUCUAUCUGGAGCUAGAAGGAUAGUGGGGUUUGCAUCAAGCCAAACUAGCUCACUAGACAACGAACAAACUAGUGUAGAUAUUGGUGGAGCGUUGGUCAGGAAAAGAGUACUCUCUCCUCUGAAUACUCUCUUCCCUGUAAAAUUCAGAGGUGACCUGCUUGAUAUCAGCUCUAGUAACCACCACCAACAAAUAAAUUAUUCUGGUCUUGCUAAUGGGUUCCGUGAUUCUCUCGCACAAGAUUACACAAAGUUUAACCUCGCUGGUAGGUUGCAUCUCUCUUCCACCGCGUCAAACAGUGGCAGACUCUCGUCCAUGGUCUUCACUGAUGGUCCAUUAUUCGACUCUAUAGACCUCCACCGACCCACAGAAGGUGAGGUUUGCUUAUAUUCACCAGUAGUAUAUGACACAUCUGGUAUAAAGCCAUGUGAUAAGGAUAUAUCUGUCUCUCCGCCGCUUUCUCUCUCACCACUUGGUCCGAAGUUUUCUGAGAGAAUGAAAGCUCUAAGAAGUGGCCCAAACGGGAAGAUAGUCGAAGAGUUAAGGAAUAUCAGUGAAGAAGCAGAACUAAGUGUUGACCGUAGAUUGUUUGAUGAUGCAUAUGCUCUAAGGAGAGCGUUUUCAAUGGAGAGAAGUGUUGAAUCAGCUCCUUCAUCUCCAUGCAGAAGGUUCAUUAGAAGCUUGAGUGGACGCCCCAUUCAGAGGUCAUUGGUUGGUUCUUUUGAGGAGUCACUAUUGACAGGAAGAUUGUCAUGUGGGACAACAAAUCAGAAGAUUGACGGUUUUCUUGCGGUUCUUAGUAUUGCGGGGGGAAACAUAUCUCCAAAAUCACAGAAGCUUCCAUUCUCAGUAACCAGUUCUGGUGAUGAUUGCUUAUUGCUAUAUUAUGCAUCCAUAGAUCUCGCUGGAGGAACUAAAUCGAACAAUUUCUGGAGCCAGAAGUUGAAAACAAGUCAAAUCAGGUUUGAUAGUCAGAGCUCCAAGAGCCAACUGCGGAUCCCCAUGAAGGGUCGGAUUCAACUGGUUCUUAGUAAUCCUGAGAAAACACCUCUUCAUACCUUCCUCUGUAACUAUGACUUAACUGAUAUGCCAGCCGGUACAAAGACUUUCUUGCGCCAAAAGGUUACUCUGGGAUCAUCUAAUCCAACCAAAGAAGCAACGCAAGAGAAGACCAGAGAAGCCACAAGCUGUGAAAAAGAAAAGUCCAGUAAACAUGGGAACAAAAAAGAAUGUGAAGGAUCUGAUUUGUUCAAUUCAGUGGAAGGAGGAGAUUCGUUACACGAAAGUGGGAAAAGUUGUAUAAAAUCUUCCAAAGAAUGUAAUAGCGGUUCUGGUGCUCUACGGUACGCUCUCCAUCUAAGGUUUAUUUGUCCAUUACCCAAGAAAGCUUCAAAGAAACCUGAUGAAACCAAAACUACGGAGCAAAAGAAAGACUUGGAUGAAGAUGGGAAGAGGAGAUUCUAUCUGUACAACGACUUGCGAGUCGUGUUUCCUCAACGCCACACAGAUUCUGAUGAAGGAAAGUUGAAUGUGGAGUACCAUUACCCAGACAACCCAAGAUACUUCGACAUCACAGACUAAGACUUUUAAUGGUUUUGUUCCAUUACUGGAACCUAUAAAAUAGAGAUCAAACGUCGGAAUUUCAGAAGAGAAACCAUGUGAAGCCUGAUACAUCAUCCUUGGCAACAAUUGUCUGUAGGGAUCACCCUCUCUUUUCAUUUUCAAGUAGGCAAUGCAUUGUUCAACCUCAGACUUGACUUGCAAGUAAAACUCCUGAGCCUUGUCUUUGUCUUUUAGCUCUUGUUCCUUGCCUGCCACGAACAUAAAGUGUUCAGAUCAGUGAUGAUCUGAAGUAGAGAUCAACAUCUAGAGUAAAGCAUAUAUGAACCUGCUGUUUCAAUU